GGCUUGCUCUGUUCCCACACACGCACAACACUUCCACACCCUUUCUCUCCCUCGUCUUUUACCCUUCCGUUACCAGGUCGUUCACCUGUUGAUGUGCUUGUCGCUUUAAUUGCUAUCGUGUGUCCUCACUUCUGGCCCCAGCGCUUCCGGCACAGGGAAAAGUGUUUCGACGCUAAGACUCGCACUCAAAAGUUUUUGGAGUCUCCGUCACCUCACUUCUCUCCGACUCACCCACGCACCAUCGCGACAAUUCCUCUCUCGCUUUUGCUAAAUUCGCCGCGAGAGACUGUGAGCGUUGGCCUCUCGCUUUUCUACCUCUUGGGUUGUGUAGCUUUCAGUCAGACAAGACGACAGCCAUACGACCACUCCACACAAGGUUCGCCGUGUCUCAAUUGACGACAGUCGGUAAUUUACGACUGAUCCAGAACCACAGACUUUCAUCCUCUCCUCGCGAGCCGGGCCCUCCGUAGUGUUAUCCUGUCUGCACGAAAUCGUCGCGGCUUCCAAGGUUGAUCGAGUCUUCGCAUCCCACCUGAACGAAAGCUCAUCGCCGUCGUCUUUUACCAGGGACACGCCACGGCUGAUAUUGUUCAAGAAAGAACACCGCCGGGUCUUCUUGCCGACAAAAUUUCAGUGAAAGAAACAUUUCUGGGGCUAAAAGCCGGUGUUCCUUUGUGGGAAGAGAAAAAGAACAUUAUUGAAAAGGCGUGAAUUCUGAGGAAUUUCCUCUCAGGGACCAUUACGCAGCCCAUACUGGUUGUUGUACACCAAAACCAGCUUGUUGCUGGUGAGGGGUUAGGUUGAAGAAUAAGAGGUGCGCCAAACCAUAUUUGGGCGACGAAGAUGUCUACACCUUCAGGCGCUGCUGCGCCAGUGUUCUCGUAUGCACAGGCGGCCAAAGGACUUACUCCAUCGACUUCAAGUCAGCCGACACCGCGUAACGAAAGCCCUGCUGCUUCCGAGAAGACCACCAGAGAGCGUUCCGCCACAGAGUCGAAUAUUAGCCAGCCAGCUGCUAAACUUGUUCGUGAGAAGUCUGAAACAGAUGCCAGAUCCAACACCGAGACUGCAUACCAAAAAUCCUCCAAUGAGGAUAAUUCGGAAAAAGAUACCUCGGCCAAUGUACAGAAAGCACUCGAUGUACCAGAAAGUUCAUCUGAACAGCCUAACUUGUCCGGCAAUGAAUCUAGCCAGGAUACUAAAAAGGAGGAGACAAGACCGCAGUUGACAAAUGGACGGACACCAUCAUUCGACCAAGCUUCUGAAAUAUCUGGACAAGGAAGUGCAGACAAGAAGCCCAAAGACUCUGAGGAUGAUUGGGAGAAGAUUUCUGUUCCUUCGAUGACAGCUGAGAAAGAGUUGAAGGCUGCGCCUAUUCCCGUGGUCAAUAUCUGGCAACAACGCAGAGAGGCACAGGCUGCCAGGCUGAAGGAGAUUGCCGACCAACAGCGAACUGCACCGUCAAAUACGCCGAAACCCACGCCUAGCCAUGAUGAUCCCAAACGCAGAUCAAUGAGUCGAGACAUGGAAAGCCGCGAACGCGAAGGCAAGGCCACCGAUAUUCCUCGUGCUAACAGCCGAAAAGAAGCGAUGGCCUCUCGUUCCUCCAAAGACAGAGCCGACACUGAAGCACCACCUUCAGUCGCUGAUGCCCAGGCAUGGCCAACCCCGGACAACUCGCUUGUCGAAGAACGCCGUAGGUCGAGUGCCUAUGACAAGGGAGAUAGGACUGAGAACAAGGGUGGUUCCCAGACAAAGUGGAAGACCAUGCCCUUCGUGCCGACUGCAAAAUUUGAGACCCAGCUUCCGGCUGCUGCUGCAAGACGAGGUGGUAGAGGGGGUGGUCGUGGUCGAGAUCCUACCGGCCGUGGUGGUCAUGCUAGUUCUAGCGAGAAGCAAGAUUUGCCAGGCUCUAUGGGUCCACCUCCGCUGCCAAAGCAAACAGGCGAACAACAAGAUCGUGGCCGUCGUUCGGAAGGACAACGUCUUCAGCGUGCGGGGUCCGUCCCGACGACCAGUACACGUCCAGAGAGUAUUGACGAUGUGACGCCGUCAUUCCGAAAGCCAGCUGCUCCUGCCAGCAAAGAACAGAGUGUCGGCGACGAAUACCCACCUCAGAAGACUGAACAAAGUUCAAGGUCGUCUUCGAGACACACUGGACAAGUCGGAGGCCGGAAUGUCAAUGGAGAGGCAGGCUCACCAUCUGACCAGGCUCCUGGGUCUUUUGGGCAGCCAACCGAGCAAGGUCCACGCUAUCCGUUCUCUUUUGAUCGAUUCAAGAGUUCAGGAAAUAGCAAUCCUCGUGGAAACGGUGAAUUCGCCCGUGAGCGUGGCUCAGGCCGCAAUCGAGACUGGUCAAGAGACAAGCCUGAGACUGCGCGAGAGAAAGUUGAAUCAUGGCGCGACCGCGACUCAUCAGGUGAUCAAAGUAACCGACGUGAAGUCCGCCCUGAACGCGCCCGAGGAGGUGGUUUUCGUGGGCGUGGCAACCAUGCCUUCGGCACUCCAUACAACUCAUCGCAUGCGUAUACUGCACCAUUACCUCAAAAUGGCUUUGAGACCAGAUCCAGCUCUCACACAGAGAGUCGGACGAGACAAACCUCGCAACCUUUUCAACCGACCCAGACACCGUCAGGCUCGCGCAACAACCCGCGUUCGCAGUCUAUUCCAGUCGGCAUGAUGUUCCCAGGAUACUAUCCUGGCAUGUCCCCAGGCUUGCCGGCAUUGCAGACAGACAUGGCGAUGUAUGGUUAUACACAGCCUAUGCAGAUGCAGCCUGGCAUUAUGAGCGCAAUGCCAUUCAACGAUCCGCUCAAUUCAUAUGCUCUGCUAUCAAUGGUUAUGACUCAAAUCGAGUAUUACUUUUCCAUCGACAACCUAUGCAAGGACCUUUUCUUGAGAAAGCAUAUGGACGGCCAGGGUUAUGUGCCGCUCCGGGUGAUCGCAAACUUCAAGCGUAUCAAGACGUUGACUGAGGACAACAUGACAAUAGAUACUCUGCGCUACGUUUGCCAACAAGUCAAGAGUGUGGAAUUUUUCCUUGGAGCUGAUGGGGAUGAUCGUCUUCGUCGCCGAGAUGGCUGGCGCGAUUUUGUGCUGCCGGAGGAAGAGCGCUUCGAAGACGCCCGUAACGACGGCCCUCAACAACCCGCAGAGCAGCAUAUUCGGUCACCUCAAUACGAGCAACCAGCGCCCUUUGAGCCAUCCUUCAGUAUGGGCCAAAUGCGCAGUCCUGCGAUGAAUGUUCCUACGACAAAUGGCAUGUUUCACCCAGCCUCCCCAAUGCCUUUCGUGCCCGGAGCCCAAGUCGAUGGUCAUGUACCUUUCCCUGCUUCCUUUGAAGGCGUUGGCCCUGAAGAUAUCUCAAAUGUCGGCUACAACUCAAGAGCAGCACCCAUGAGAUCACCACCUGCCCAAGCCGGCGGUGCUACCAUGGGUGGUCUAGUAAAUGGCCAUCACCGCCAGGCUUCUCGAGCUGAUAUCGAAGAAAAUGUCUUCCCUGACGAGGAAAUUCCAAACAUCAACAUCCGCAUGCAGCCUCAUGCAUCACUUGAGACCAACAAGCCUGCUGAUGACACGCCUGCUGCGCCAACAGGAACCGGUGAGAGUGAUGCGGAUCAAAAACAAACUCGUAUUCCGAGCUUGAGUCUGCGCGGAGGUGCAGGCAGCCCGCAGCUGUGAGUCGAUUCCGAGCUUGUCCUCCGAAACUGGCCACUAACAGUCCGAUAAGACUCGAAACAAUCCACAAUCUCUCGUUUGGAACAGCUGCUACAGUCUCUUUGGCUGAUUCGGUCACCUACUUUACAAAGGAUGGCCACGAAACCCAACUUCCACCCCCCCUAUCAGGUCAAUAUGACCAGAGCUAUCAAUCAGUCCACGACAUGGCAUUUCAGCAAAGGCUUCUAGGCAUCGAUGGUGCUCUGGAGCCACUCUACUCGUUUUGGAGCGACUUUCUCGUCGACAAAUUCAAUGUGGGCAUGUAUGAGGAAUUCAAAUCAACCGCCAGUGCAGAUAUUGCAGAAGGCAGUGCUAGUGGCAUGAAUCAUCUUAUUCGUUAUUACGGCAAAGUCCUGAGUGGACCUAUCCCCGUCAGCGAACGCCUGGCUGCUGACAUGGUUCAGCUUUCGAGGCAAGAAACUGACGUCGCAUCUACUCUCCUUCACACACUUCGAGGUGCGUGGCGCAACGGUGCUACCAACAUGAAAACCAUCAAGAGACUCGGCGAUGUUCUCACCGCUGAGGAAAAAACCGAACUCGACAAAAGUGGCUAAGCGAAGAAAACCGUCUCUUCGUUGGCCAAAAUACCCCAUACCCUGCAAAGCGAUUUUUGUUUACAAAAAGACACCAUGUUCUGCUCAUUUCCGAACCCCGCCAUGAUGUACCAUGUCAGUCAGGUAUAUCGCAGAUUGAACAUUGGAUCAGACUCAACAGUGUUGAGGCAGAUUUACAGUAUUUCAAUUUUACUCGGGAAUGCAGAACGUCACACUUGUUUUUCUAUUGAGCUACCAGCACAAGAUAUUCCCCCUCAGGCCUCGAUGAAUUUUUGACAUGCAAUGUACUGGACUAUCAAUCACCAUCCUUGAGGAGCACAGUUCCCGAACCAAGCUCGUUCUCAGUCUCGAUAUGCUGGCCUUAUUCUCCUACUCGCAUUAAUCAACACACCCAUGGAACGGUGGCGACUGCUCUGCAAAUCGAGGACUCUUUCAACUUCUUUCGAUCGCUUUGCCGGAGCGAAAGGCGCAUGUUGACUGCGGAAAGCUAACGACCGGUCAUGAUUGAGUUUUCAAGAUAUCCCUGUCUUAUGCUAGUGGCUUCACAUUAUCAUGGCUCCAACAACGUGGUUCUUUUCUUUUACGUUUCCUUUCUUGUCUUGCAUAGACCCCCUCUCAUCUGUUCGGGACAGGGUGGAGUGGUUGGGAGGAUGCGGAUGGGAGCUGGACCGACCGAUUGUGCAAAGGACGCAGAGAGACACACACACAACUUGAAGAAGAAGCCCGAGCAAUCCGAAUUCUCUUCCGCGCACACGAAAGCGUUGCACCACGACCGAGGGUGAUGCACAACUCUGCCAGAAAAUUUGGGAACACUUCUGGGCCAUGGAUCCUCGAGAUGGUCAGAAUCAAUACAAAGUUUCUCAUGUGUGUGUGUGGGAGGGGGGGGGGGG